AUGGCAAUUAAUAAAUGUAAUAAGUUUGAAACUAUGUGGAAGCUUUUUCCCGAUGAAUUGAAAGAUUCUGAAGAAUAUAAUUUUAAUAGUGGAUUAUUUAAGAAAUAUUGCCCUAGUGAAAACUGCAAUAACGAUAUCGAUAAGAUUAAUGCUGGCUGUUUACGGUUAUUUAAUGAUGUUUUCGGUGAUAAUGGUUAUUUAUUUGAUUCUAAUACUUAUAAGGAUCAGGCUGCAUGCAUAAUGAUAUGGUUAGGUUAUAAAUUAAGCCUAAAGACAUUUGAAAGCAUCACCACAUUAAAAGAUUUUUAUUCUAAGCAUAUAGAAAAUAACACGAAGUACACUGAGAAUACUAUCAAUGAACAAAUACAUAAAAGUUAUAAGGAAGUCAUAGAUGCAAUAAAGGAAUAUAUGGAUAUUAAUAUUAGUCAUAUGUCUAAAUUUUAUAAAUUACUUAAAUUAUUAUGUGAUAUGGAUACUUCUUAUAAUAAUGAAAAUAGUAGCCAAGCUUUAGAACAUGCUAAGGCAUUUGCUGAUGAGUAUCAAAAACUUCUUAAUGAUGAUAAUAAUAUUGACAACAGUUCAUACAAUAAAGUAUUACUUGUUUUAUCCAAUUAUUAUAAUAACUUUGAAAAAGGCAGAUCUUAUAAUGGCACAUCAAUAAAUCUUUCUCCAUUACCAUCAGAAAAAACACCUAAAACAGUUGAUAUAGAAGGUACUAAUGAAACUAAAACUGAUGAAUCAUCUAGUGAAGAAGGUCAAUCAAUUCAUGUAACGACAAACCAGAGUUCUAACAUCACAUUAUCAGGGUCAGCACUAGUAAAUAAAUUAAUUAUAGUUUUAUCGAUAUUAGUUGCAAUACCAAUUUGUUUGGGAAUUUCUUAUAAGUAUUCGUUAUUUGGAUUUCGAAAAAAAUGUAAAAAAAUAAAGAAGAAAAUUAAUAUAAGACUCGAAGAGUAA